UCACACCACUGUUUUUGACAGAUUGUGUAUAGGCAAAACUGGUAUCGCCAGAUUUGUUCGAUUUUUGCUCUGAUUUUCAGGUUAUACUGAAGAUUAGAAGAUAUGGUUUUGCAAAUGAUCCAAUCCAGGUCCAUUGCUCUUGGAGCAAAAUUGAGGUUCCCAGCUAUUAAGUUUAGGUAUGGAGGCAAUAAAAGUGCAGCCCCAGCCCAUACCAUUGCUAGCCCAACAGCCAGUGCUCCCCCUGCGAAAGCUCAAGCAGCAGCCUCUGCUGCAUCAAUCUAUGAUUUUCAACUGCCCUUAAGGUACAAAAGGAAGCCAAUCGAACAGGAAGAAAUUGAUUACAUCAACAGGGGUGGACCUGCCUAAAGGAGUAUUUGUUUAUAGUUAAAUUAUAGUUAUAUACAUAUAAGAACUAAAUUAUGAUUAAAUAAAUGGCUUAA